UUAUACAAACCAAACCCUUUCGAAAAUCUGCCAUUUAUUUAUUUUUGCUCAACCGCGUUCUCUGAAAAUCGUUUAAACGAGGAUUUGCUUACCAGGCUAUCUAUUUGAACUUUUGAAGUAUGGCUGACCAUGCUAUCUAAGCUCCAAAAUCGCAUCCUUGUGCAGGUAUUGAACUGGUGUCUAGAAAAUGGCUGGCAGGAUUAGGGUUUUGCCCCUUUUCAAUCUGGUUUUAAGCCAUCAAUCAAACGUCAAUCGAUCAUUUUCUCAGGGUCCCGAGCUAGACGCGUCGAAAUCCCUAUUGCUCAAGCUACUACAAGAACCUGAUUCACGCAUCAAAACCACUUUAGAUUCACGCAAUAAUUUUACUUCAAAUGGUGAUACCCUUCUCUGCGAGUCCUUUAUCAGAGCUCUGAGGUCUUCAUCUCCCAAGAAAGCUCAACUGGUUCUAGAGUGGAAACUCGAGAAGCUUCUCAAGGAGGACACCAAAGAUCCCGAUCAGUUCUCCAAGUUAAUUUUCCUCUCUGGAAAGUUGCACAACAUCUCAUUUGCUCUGAGGACUUUCACUUUAAUGGAAACUCAAGGAACCACACCCAACACAGAUAUUUUCAAUUCUCUCAUCUCUUGUUGUGAAGCUUCUGGUUUAUUGACCAUGGCCUUAAGCCUUUUCGAAAUAAUGAGCAAGGCAGGACACUGUAAACCCAAUUUAGCCACUUAUAAUGCAAUUAUAUCUCUAUAUUCUUCUCUUGCUGAUGUCAAAAACAUGAGAACCUGGUUUUUAGCUUGCAAAAAAGCUGGCUUCUCCCCUAAUUCUGAGACUUACGAGCACCUGAUUCGAGCCUCUUUUAAGGCAAGACUAUUUGAAGAGUUUGAUAAGUAUUACGAAGAUAUACUUGCGUCUAAUCUCAUUCCAAACUUGGUCACAGUGGAGCUUAUAGUCAAAGGGCUAAGUGGAGAGAAAAACUUGGUUAGAAUCAAAAGUGUUGUUAACUCAAUUAACAGAGUUUGGCCUGUAAGCUCCUCUGUUAUUGAGGGCCUUCUGGCACUCUACAACGAGUUUGGAAUGGUUGAGGAGAUAGAGAAAUUACUGGAUUUAUCUAGCUUGGUUUCUGAAUCUGAUAUUUUAUUGCAUAUUUAUUCGAGAAUUAUAAUGCAUUAUGUAGCAGCAGAUCAGUUAGAUGAAGUGGAGUAUUCUAUUGGAAAGUUGUUAAAAGAAGGGAAGAGCUUUACUUCUUGUGGUGACAUUGAGGCAGUUAUUAGUUGUUAUUUUCGAAAUAGGGAGUAUGAGAGAUUGGAAGUGUUUUGGGAUAGGAUAACAGAAGUGUAUGAGAUCGAGGAAUCGACAUUUAGUCUCUUGGUUGCAGGGUAUAGGAGGGUUGGGAUGAGUGAGAAAGUGGAGAUGGUCAUGAAUUGGAGGAAGAGAGCUAGUCGUUCAGUUCCGGAUGUUGUGUUUAUAAGUGAAUGAUGACUGAUGGGGUAAGGUCUGCAUUGAAGCAUAUUUAUCCAGUGGUUUGAGAGAGAGAGAGAGAGAGAGUGCAUUCAAGAACUCGGGAUCGGAUCUGGUGUGAAAGCCUCCUGAUAUGGAUUUGGUUGUCAAGAGUGGUGCUAUGGACUUGGUCCCACUUGCACAUUGGAAAAAAGAUAAAAUAUUUUUAUGAUCCUAGAAAUGGUUGGAAAUGGGCCUCUGUCUAAGUAGGAGAAAAUGUCCCAUCCCAGUGGUGCAAAAUGACAUUACAGGGCACUGCCCCUGCUUGGCUAACCAGGGCCUUGACUUCAUGGGGGUCUGAGUACUUACUUUGCUGGGCUAACCCACAGAGAGAGAGAUGGCUCUCUCUGGGUAAGGAGAGAGAAGGUGAAAAAUUAGAAUACAUUGCUUCGGCCCUGCUCGGCUAGCCAAAGCUUAGCAAGGGUUUGACUUCGUGGUGGGGUGAGUACUUACCUGCUGGGCUACACACACCACAUAGUGAGAGAUCAUAAUUUUUUGUUCUUUUUGUGAACAUUCAAAAUGACUAGCUUUUUACAUUGACAGUUUUAGUUAUGCACCUGAUUAUAUGUAGUUAAGUUGU